UCUCAUCUGCCUUUUUCUACCUACCUAGCCUAAGAUGACAAUUAAGUCUAAAGCAUCAUUGGUUUCAGCUAUUCUUCUAUUGCUUGCAAAUUGCAUGCAACAUUAUGUCAAUGGACAGCAAGUGCCCGGCUUUUUUAUCUUUGGGGACUCUUUAUGUGACAAUGGAAAUAACAACAAGCUUCGAACAGCUGCAAAAAGCAAUUACAAUCCAUAUGGCAUCGACUUCCCAGGAGGCCCUUCUGGACGAUUUACCAAUGGACAAAACCUAGUUGAUUACCUUGCCCAACUUCUUGAAUUUUCAGAAUAUAUCCCUCCCUUUGCAAACACUAGUGGCUCAGACAUACUUAAGGGUGUGAAUCAUGCAUCCGGAGCAGCUGGGAUUCUCUCUGAAACCGGAAAGCGUCUUGGUGACAAUGUCCACUUGGAAGAACAGCUGAAAAAUCACAGAGCCAUAUAUUUGAAAAUCGCCAGGGAACUUGGAGGUUUAAGGAAAGCUAAAGAGUACCUUAACCAGUGUUUGUAUUACGUGAACAUAGGCAGCAACGAUUACAUAAACAAUUUCUUUCUUCCCGAUCAAUACCCUUCAAGCCGAAUCUAUACCCUUGAGCGAUAUACCAAUAUUCUCAUAAACAAGUUAUCCCAAUAUAUGGAGGAACUGCAUGAGAGAGGAGCAAGAAAAGUGGCGGCAGCUGGGUUGGGUUCUCUAGGGUGCACUCCACAAGCCAUAUCUACACGUGGAACAAAUGGAAGUUGUGUUGCUGAGUUCAAUGACGCUGCCAUCCUCUUCAACAACAAGCUCAAUUCUUUAGUGAACACAUUGAAUAACAAGUUCACUGAUUCCAAGUUCAUCUUCAUAAACAGCUCAGACGGCCCCCUUGACCAAUUUGGUAUCACUGUUCUGAAUGCUCCUUGCUGCCCUACGAGAGACGAUGGACAGUGUGUUCUUAAUGGAACACCGUGCCCCAAUAGAAACCAGUAUUUGUUCUACGAUGGAUACCAUAUCACUCAGCUAGUCCACCAACUCUUUGCAAUCGGUACAUACGACCAAAUCCAGCCUCUUAUUAACCACUGAACCAAAUCAUUCACUUCAAACCACAUAUGGAUGCUUCUAUCUCUUCAAUAA